CGUCAGGAAGGACAUAAACAAAACAAACCGAGGCAGCAUGGAGAGGGGCCGCGGCCCCUGCAGCGGAACCGGACCCAGCCCCUGAGCCGCCCUCACACCUACAGAUUCACACAGAACUAUUAAAAAAUAAAUAAAAAGCAGUGAUCCAAGCAUUUGAAUUGAAGACAUUCUGGGAAAACCUGCCAUUUAUUGUGAAAAUCAUCUUUGAUCGUGAAAUUAAAAGUAAAGCUGGAAAAGAAUUUACAAACGAGGAAAAAAAAAAGUUUGGGAUCGGACUCACAGGAUCUGGGCUUGGAAAUGCCUCAGCCUAGCGUAAGCGGAAUGGAUCCGCCUUUUGGGGAUGCCUUUCGAAGCCACACCUUUUCAGAACAGACUCUGAUGAGCACAGAUCUCUUAGCAAACAGUUCAGAUCCAGAUUUCAUGUAUGAACUGGAUAGAGAGAUGAACUAUCAGCAGAAUCCUAGAGACAACUUCCUUUCUUUGGAGGACUGCAAAGACAUUGAAAAUCUGGAGUCUUUCACAGAUGUCCUGGAUAAUGAGGGUGCUUUAACCUCAAACUGGGAACAGUGGGAUACAUACUGUGAAGACUUAACAAAGUACACCAAACUAACCAGCUGUGACAUCUGGGGAACAAAAGAAGUGGAUUACUUGGGUCUUGAUGACUUUUCUAGCCCUUACCAAGAUGAAGAGGUCAUAAGUAAAACUCCAACUUUGGCCCAGCUUAAUAGUGAGGACUCUCAGUCUGUUUCCGAUUCCCUUUAUUACCCUGAUUCACUUUUCAGUGUCAAACAAAAUCCCUUGCCUUCUUCAUUCCCUAGUAAAAAGAUCUCAAGCAGAGCAGCUGCCCCUGUGUGUUCUUCUAAAACUCUUCAGGCUGAGGUCCCUUUUUCAGACUGUGUCCAAAAAGCAAGUAAACCCACUUCAAGCACACAGAUCAUGGUGAAGACCAACAUGUAUCAUAAUGACAAGGUGAACUUUCAUGUUGAAUGUAAAGACUAUGUAAAAAAGGCAAAGGUAAAGAUCAACCCAGUGCAGCAGAGCCGGCCCUUGUUGAGCCAGAUUCACGCAGAUGCAGCAAAGGAGAAUACCUGCUACUGUGGUGCAGUAGCAAAGAGACCCGAGAAAAAAGGGAUGGAGCCUCUUCAGGGUCAUGCCACUCCAGCUUUGCCUUUUAAAGAAACCCAGGAACUAUUGCUCAGUCCCCUGUCCCAGGAGGGUCCUGGGUCCAUUGCAGCAGGAGAGAGUAGCAGCCUUUCUGCCAGCACAUUGGUCUCAGAUUCAUCCCAGAAAAAAGAAGAGCACAAUUACUCCCUUUUUGUCUCUGACAACUUGGGUGAACAGCCAACCAAAUGCAGUCCUGAAGAUGAUGAGGAAGACGAGGAGGAUGUUGAUGAUGAGGACCAUGAUGAAGGAUUUGGUAGUGAGCACGAACUUUCUGAAAAUGAAGAGGAGGAAGAGGAGGAAGAGGAUUAUGAAGAUGACAAAGAUGAUGAUAUUAGUGACACUUUCUCUGAGCCAGGCUAUGAAAAUGAUUCUGUGGAAGACUUGAAGGAGAUGACUUCAAUAUCCUCUCGGAAGAGAGGUAAAAGAAGGUACUUCUGGGAGUAUAGUGAACAGCUCACCCCGUCACAGCAAGAGAGGAUGCUAAGGCCAUCUGAAUGGAACCGAGACACCUUGCCAAGUAAUAUGUAUCAGAAAAAUGGCUUACAUCAUGGAAAAUACGCAGUAAAGAAGUCACGGAGAACUGAUGUAGAAGACCUGACUCCAAAUCCUAAAAAACUACUCCAGAUAGGCAAUGAACUACGGAAACUGAAUAAGGUGAUUAGUGAUCUGACUCCGGUCAGUGAGCUUCCCUUAACAGCCCGGCCAAGGUCAAGGAAGGAAAAAAAUAAGCUGGCUUCCAGGGCUUGUCGAUUAAAGAAAAAAGCCCAGUAUGAAGCUAAUAAAGUGAAAUUAUGGGGCCUCAACACAGAAUAUGAUAAUUUAUUGUUUGUAAUCAACUCCAUCAAGCAAGAGAUUGUAAACCGAGUACAGAAUCCAAGAGAGGAGAGAGGACCCAACAUGGGGCAGAAGCUUGAAAUGCUCAUUAAAGAUACUCUUGGUCUCCCAGUUGCUGGGCAAACCUCAGAAUUUGUUAACCAAGUGUUAGAGAAGACUGCAGAAGGCAAUCCCACUGGAGGCCUUGUAGGACUAAGGAUACCAACAUCAAAAGUGUGAUCAGCCUCAUUGGACCACUGGUCAGAAAUGUCUGUGUUUGUCACGUUAUUCAUUGUAAAUUUUCAUUCUGUUUUGCAUGUCAGUUUAGCAUUAUGUAAACAUUUACGAUUAGGUUACAUUGUUUUAAGAACUAAGUAGCAUAAGUGAAGCAUGAUCCAAAAUACUUGAUUAUUGCAUUUUCAGAGCAUAAACCAUGGUUAAAACUGCUACUGGCAUCAGAAUCGAAACUCACACAUUUAAGUAAAUGUUCAGAUACAGAUUGCAAAAAUCUGUUGAAGUAAAACAUUCAGGAGGAGCGAAAUUAGUAAAUGCCAAAUAUUGUGGCAGGUUUAUGCUCUGAACCACACAAAAAAAAUUGAGGAAGCAUUUUUUUAAACAGUCAGUUUAGAUUGUUUUUAGAAUUAUUCCUUUUGUUCUAAUUUUCCACAACCAUUAAUCUCACUUGUACAUGGCACAACCCAGCACUCAUGCCCAUGUGCCAUAUUAGAAGUUCAUUUUCCGAGCUCAAUAUGGUAUAUAUAAAUAUAUAUAUAAAUAUAUAUAUAAUGUCUGUGCAAGUAAGAAAAAAAAGCAUAUUCUUUGUGCCUUGUAUUUUGGGGAAACUAUAAAACUGGUAAUAUUUUGUAUGAUGAAAACCCUAAUGAGGAAACACAAGAUAUAUAGAUGGAAAAAUUAUGGGGUUUAAAUGUUUUUUUGUUCCAACUCUUUUUCAGAUUUUUUGAAUGUAUAUAGGACUAUGUUGAAAUGUAGAUAUAUGCCACAGAGUCUGUGUAUUGUAUAAAAAACAAAACAAAAAACAAACAAAAAAAAGAUGGCUCUAGAAAACUCAUAUUUCGGUACUUGACCGGAAGAAGACAAAUACUUGCACAUUAUUGCGAUUGUUUUAUUUUUUGUACCAAAGACAAAUGCAACUGAUAUGGCAAACUGCCAGUCUAAGUAAAGUUUUGCACAGCUUACAUGAUACUGUAUGAAUGUAUGAAAAAAAAAGGAGAAAAAAAAAGAAAAAUGAAAAGGUCAGGGUUAGGGAUCUUACUGAACUGUGAAUUUUAUUUCUGUUUGGGUCCAAUUAUCUACAGAAGGAGCAUCCACACACACAAAUAUUAUUUUGCUGUUCCUCUAGUUCGCUUCCAUAGUAGAUAAGUUGGUGGCCAUUUAGAUGUCUGUAAGUCUUUUUAUUUCUGCACUUAUUGUAGGAAAUUUUAAUAUAUUUCAUUUUAGUAAGCUAUUGGUAAAAUAGUUUUUGACCUUGAAAAUUAAAGUUUAUUUAGCUUAUUGUAGUAUACUUCCACCAAACAACCAAAAUACAGAUUAUUUUUAUUGUAUUAUGUAUAUAUAUAUAUGUAAAGAAAGAAAAAAGCUAAAAAUAUCUAAUUCUUUAGUUGCCACUUUUCCAAUUGAUGUAUUAUUGUGCAUGUAAUAUUUUCAAAGAUCAACACAAGCUUAAAACAAAAAAACAAUUUAUAGAUUUUUAUAUUUUUGUACAGGUAUUUUCAAACUAGCUUCUUCAAACUUACAUGUGACUUCUUCUAUAGUUUCUAGA